AAGCACAGAUCUCGCGUCUCCAAGUGGGGAACAAUGUGGGGAUUGGAAAAAAAAGAGGUUCCUGCGGUAGUUGACACAUGCACAUAUAAUGUCAUGAUGAUCGUGACAAUCCCCUUGGCAACUCGCAAGCAUAUCCAUCUAACCCAGCAGAGACGAAAUCACGGCUGUACGUACAAAGCUGCUGUUGUUCUCUUGUUGCACAGCACUAGUUUGCGAUAGCUUUUAAGUAGCCUAGCUUGGCCUCUUGCUUCGCCUUCCUCCACUCGCUCCAUCCAUCUUCUUGCACCGCCGACGACACUCCAGCCUUCUCGUCAGUCAAAGACUCAAAGUGUGUACGGUGGCACGGCCGGAGAGAUGUCGUCGUCGACGCCGAGGAAGAUCAGCACGGCGGAGGCGCAGGAGGCCCUGAAGAUCCACAGCGAGGCCGAGAGGCGGCGGCGGGAGAGGAUCAAUGCUCAUCUCGCCACGCUGAGGAGAAUGAUCCCUGACGCUAGGCAGAUGGACAAGGCCACCUUGCUAGCCCAAGUGGUUAGCCAGCUGAAGGAGCUCAAGAAGAAAACGGCCGAAACCACCACGCAGACACCACCGGCCACCACCAUCCCUGCAGAGGCCAACGGGAUCGCCGUGCACUGCUACACCGGCGCGGCGGCGGUCACAGGCUACGGGAGACCACCGCCGGCGGCGACGUACGUCAGGGCCUCCGUCAGCUGCGACGACCGGCCGGGGCUCCACGCUGACCUCGCCGCCGCGUUCCGGACCAUGAGGCUGAGGCCGGUGCGGGCGGACGUGGCCGCCCUGGGAGGCAGGGCUCAGUGUGACUUCCUGCUGUGCAGAGAGGAGGGCGGUGGCGUGAUGACGAGCGCCGCCGCCGGCGGUCGCGACCUGAGGGCUCUCGAGGAGGGCGUCAGGCGGGAGCUGGCCAGGGCUGCGUUCCCGGAGACGACGACGACGACGACGUACGGGUGCAACGGCACUAGGAGCAGGAGGCAGAGGCUUGUGGGAUCAUCCCACUGUGUACUGCUUGGUCAUGGUCAUGGACUUCGGUGAGCAUGGAUGCUAGUUUCGAUAAAGCUAGCGAUGAAUGUAGUGAAGAUAUGUACUACUACUAGUAUACUUGCAUGGUUUUAAUUUGUCUUGAAGAUUACAAGUGUCAAGGCAGAUUGGAGAAGAUUACAAUUGACAUUAUUAUGGCAUUGUUAUGCGUACUUUGUCGUCUUGUUUUUCAACAAAACACCGGCAAAGCUAAGGGCUUGUUUAGAUGAAAAACUUUUUGGAUUUUGACACUG